AUGGCCAAGGCGACUACUAUGCCUUCUCUAGCCACACCCACUACCAACACCACCAACAUCGGCGCGACGACAACGACAACGACAACAACAACAACAAAAACCCUCCGCCACCCCCCCUACACAUACCUGCACCUCCGCCUCACGACCCUACCUUCACUCAGUAACAACACUUCCAACUCCGGCCACGCACCAACAACAACAACAACACCAGCCCAGCAGCCACUCGACGAAAUCACAGCCCGCCAAUACCUGCACGCCGCGCUCUCGACGGCUUUGGGAUUGCAUGGCGCCGCUAUCGGCGUUGACGUGCUGAAAGUCGGAGUCGGAGUCGGAGCAGCGGGAACGGCGGGUCAGCAGCAGCAGCACGAUGAAGAAGGUUCGAGCAACAAUUGUUGGAUUCGUGUGCCAAGUGAAGAUGCGGAUGCUGUGCUGGCGGCGCUGGUGCAGUGGAGUGGUAGAGGGGGGGUGUCGUGGCGGAUUGUGGGGAGGGGGGCGUGGUUGGGCGGGUUGACCGGGAGGAGAGGGAGACGAGAAGUGUUUUGA